AUGAAGCUAUUUUUACUGCACAAAAAGCGGCAUAAAGGCUCAAAGAUUUCUUUCCUUACUUAUUUUAACUGCAAUUUCCUGCACAUUUUGUUAAUCCGACAUAGAGAUGAUGUUCCUGUAGGAAAUUCAAGAAGAUUGACAUUAGAAGAGUGUCUUACCUUUUACCCAGUUACCAGAAGAGCACUUGAUCGUGCUGUAGAAGAAAUUUUUAACGAGCCAAAACCUUGGCUCUUUUUAAAUUUAUAAUUAUCCAGCAUCAAUUUUCCUAGUAUUUUUCAGGAUUUUAAGCUUUUAAGUUUUAUCUAAAUGCCUGAUAGAGAAAAAAUUCAAAUAAACUUUUCAAGUCUACCAUAAAAAUAGACCAAAAAAACCUUAUAUUAACUAA